AUGGCAAACCAAAUAUCUACUGGCUCCUUGAGCGCUAUGUUUGAUGACACGAAACCGAAAGUUCCCCAGCCAAUACUACAAUGCCUUCGGAUCAAGCCUGUCACUGUGCGAGAACAGGAACGUUUUGGCGUAGUCUUUAGUGACGUGGUCAACUUUGUUCGAACAAUGCUUCCUACCCAGUUAAAUAACUACGUCACGGAAGGGCUGCUUCGUCGUGGUUCCUUUGUACGAUUGACCAAUUUUCAAGUGAGCGUUGUGAAAGGCAAACAUCUUCUCAUAAUUAUGGGCCUUGAAGUACUCAGUGCCUUAGGUGAAGCUGAGAGAAUCGGAGACCCAAAGCCUUUAGAACCUAAAUCUGGCGAUGAUAUGGGAGGACAAUCCACUACACUCUCAAGCAACGAGUUUUAUAACGCACCCCAGGCUCAAAAUCCACCCCAGCAUUUCCAAAACGUGCAGCGACCUCGGACGACUGGCAUGACGACUAAUGCGAAUAUAUUUUCUAUUGAAGCUUUGUCCCCAUUUGCUAACAAUAAAUGGACCAUCAAAGCUCGUUGUACGCACAAGUCUGACAUUAAGACAUGGAAAAAUACGUACGGGGAGGGUAAGCUUUUUAGUGUCAAUCUAUUGGACGACAGCGGGGAAAUCAGGGCGACUGCCUUUAAAGACCAGUGUGAUUUACUCUACCCUGUCUUUGAGGAAGGCAGUGUAUACUACAUCUCAAGCCCCUGCACUGUGAAAAUGGCCAAGAAAGAAUAUAGCAAUGUGAAUAAUGACUACGAGCUUACCUUUGAUAGGGACACUGUUGUCGAAAAGGCAGAAGAUCAAAAUGAUGUUCCACAGGUCCGCUUCAACUUUACUGGCCUCGGGAACCUACAGUCCAUCGAGAAGGGAACCACGAUCGACGUACUUGGAAUAUUGAAGGAAGUUGAUACCACUUCUCAAGUGACAUCCAAAACGACUGGGAAGCCGUAUGACAAGCGAGAACUUACGCUGGUUGAUAACUCGGGCUUUUCAGUCCGCCUUACUGUCUGGGGAAAUACAGCAACCACUUUUGACACGCCCCCAGAGUCAGUUGUCGCAUUUAAAGGAGUCAAAGUGUCUGAUUUUGGUGGUCGCACGUUGAGUUUGUUGAGUUCAGGCUCAAUAACGGUAGAUCCAGAUAUCGAAGAAGCACACAGACUAAAAGGUUGGUACGAUGCACAGGGGAAGUCAAAUUUCUUUACAGCCUACUCCUCUGAAGGCGGCUCUGGAGGCGGCGGUGGCUCGUGGCCGACAUUCAAAACAAUCUCUGAGAUUCGAGAUGAACAAGUUCCAACUGCAGAGAACCCUGAAAACUUUGCCUUAAAGGCUACCGUCAUUCACGUUAAGGAUAACUUGUGCUAUCCUGCCUGCCCGAAUGAGGCUUGUAAAAAUAAGAAAAUGACAGGAGGCGAUCUGGAGCAAUGGCACUGCGAACGAUGCGAAAGAUCAUAUGCAAAUCCAAAGUACCGUUAUAUACUUUCACUCAAUGCCUCCGACCAUACUGGCCAAAUUUGGUUGAGUUGUUUUGACGAAGCGGGUCAGGCUAUAUUUGGCAUGACCGCUGAUAAAUUGAUGAGAAUCAAGGAGGAUGACGAGGUAGCAGCAAACGAAAUAACAAAAGGUGCAACCUACUGCACAUGGAACUUUAAGUGCAGGGCAAAGCUGGAUACUUAUCAAGAGCAACAACGAACUCGGUACAAUGUUUAUGCCGCUACACCUAUCGACUAUUCGACAGAAGCAGACCAGCUGUCCAAAUUAAUCGCCUCGUACAGUAUUUGA